AUGAGGAUAACUCAGAUGCUAAAUUGCAUUGCAAUAGCCUAUGUCCCAUACAUAAUCUUCUAUUCAAAAGGCGGGGUUGAAGACAUUCCUGAACACUCUGCACUGACGGCGUUGGGUUUUGGAUUUUACGUCCUGUCGCAAUUCACCAAAAUUUGUCUAAUUGCAUCUGGAAUAUUUGAUUUGCUGGGCCUUUACAUGCUUAACGAAGCGUUAAUAACCAGCCUUACAAACUCUAUUGACUUCUACUACAUUCACUACGCCAUAACCACUAGGAGCUUAAUCAGAUCCGAACGAAAUUUGAGAACACUUCCCAUAGGGGCAGGCUGGGCCUUAGCUGAAAUCAUCAUUAAUUAUAUAGUUUCAUUUAUCGCGGGGUUUAGGGACAAGAGCUUCAAAUUGAGAUACUACUUCAACGCAUUUGAGGCUAAUAGCAAAAUUCUAUACAAUUUUGUCUCCUCGUUCCUAGUUAUACACUAUGUUAGAGCUUCGUCCAAGCCCUUUACAUCAAUGCCGCUUCUUGUAGGGGCCAUUCUGACCCAUUUCUUUUUUGUGCCAUAUUUUAAAAGAAACAUUCCAGUGGGAACAAAUGAUGUCACCACUGCAGAAUGGAUUUCUCUCGUCUUUUCCGCAGCGUCAGAUGUCACUAUCGCUUUUUUCAUAAAGUAUCUAGACCGUCUUUAUGAACGGGAAAAGAAACUCUAA